GGCGGCGGGGCCAGGCCCCUCCCUCCAGGCACCCGGCCGCCCCUCCGUGCUGGCUUCUCGUUCCCGGGGAGGCCGCCACCUCCUCCCUCUCAUUUUAAGCCCUUAAAUGGGCUUCAGCUUUUCUCUGCGCAUGACUGUGAAGGUGAGAAACCUGUUGCCCAUCUCUUUUCUCCGACAUCAACGUCAUUCAUGGAUCUUCUCACCCGUCUAAUCUGCUACCGGGAAAACUGGUUGUCGGGGUAACCCAGGCACGAGGGAACCCUGAAAGAUGGGUUCUCAACCUUUCUUAUCAGGAGAGGCUGUAGCCUCUCACCCCGGGUCCACACCAGGCCUGCUUGCUGGAAGGCUCUCACUGCCCCUGCAACCCCGGCUUGGACCCUGAUCAGGGCAGGAGACUGGCAGCAUUUAGGUGCCAGCCUAUUUCGAGCUAAUGUAGUGAGAGGUGCGGGAUGUUAGCGUUCCGUGGGGCAUAGUUCUUGGGUGCGUGGGCCAGAGUAAAAUGAGCGACCAUGGGCCAUGAAGUUUCUUAUUUCCUAGUCUUUGCAUUUGUGAUCUGGCUUUCCUAAUUCUCUGUUGUGGGAGAGGCUGUCACUGGCCCUUAGGAUGCUUUUGUGUAAAUUAUAAGGAAGACCCCCUGUCCUCAAGACACUUGGUAUUCAGCUCCUGGAAAAUCGACAAGAAAUAAGUAUGAUGAUGCCAGGUGCGGUGAUGCACACCUGUAAUGUAAUCCCAGCACCCAGGAGGCUGAGGCAGGAGGAUCACCACAAGUUUGUGGCCAGCCUGGGCUACAUAGUGGGUUAAAGGGCAGCCUGUUCAAGAUACGGUGAGACCUUGUCUCUAAAAGAAAAAAAAAGUAUAAUGAGUGGAUAGGCCUACUGGAGGGCUCCUCAGCCAAGCAAGCUCUGCAUACCCUUUGUGCAGGGGCCUUUUAAAGAUCCUUUCCUCUCCCAACGUUUUUUCCCACUAAAAGACAGGAGAUAGGGCCUGGGAUUUAGCUCAGUGGUUCUGGCGCCUGCCUCCCAAGCUCAAGGACCCAAGUUCGAUCCCCACUACAAAAAAACCAAAAAAGCAAAAAACUCCAGGAGAUAAAGAAAGAAAACAUUUGCUGCAGGUUCUCCAAGAGAUGACCCGGGGUGGGGUGUCCCCAGGCAGGUCUGGGGCCCCAUGAGGAGCUUGGGCCACAAUGCUUGGGGUGUUUUUGUUUUUGUUUUUUAUCAGGGAUUAAACUCAGGAUCUCCUGCUUGCCUGGCAGGCCCUGUGCCGCUGAGCUACAUCCCCGGCCCUACCCAGGUCCACGUCGGCUUGUGCAUCACAAGCAUCGUUGUGAUGUUCUCUGCCAACUCUCUGAUGUGGACCUUCUUUAGCCGGGGCCUCAGUUUCUCCAUGUCGUCAGCCAUUGCAUCAGUCACAGUGACCUUUUCAAACAUCCUGAGCUCGGCCUUGCUGGGCUACUUGCUGUACGGUGAGUGCCAGGAGGUGCUGUGGUGGGGAGGCGUGUUCCUCAUCCUCUGUGGGCUCACUCUGGUCCAAAGGAAGCUGCCACCUGUCUGGAAGCCUGUCCCGCACAAGCAGCAGUGACGCCACCUGGUGUUUGGCCGAGAGCUGACUGGUGGCCGCCUCAGGCG